AGAUGGAAAAGGUGACAAACAGCAUAGGCUCUGUGGUGUAUCUGAUAAACCAGGAGGAAACUGUUAUUCACAAAAAUGUUGCUAAUAUUCUUUGUAGCUGGAAUUCCAUCUCCCAUUUAUUUUGGAGCUUUGAUAGACACCACUUGCUUGAAGUGGGGUACUAUGACUUGUGGUGGAGAAGGAGCAUGUAGGAUGUAUGACGUUGUCGCGUACAGGUGGUUCUAUCUUGGCCUGCCAGCAGUGUUACGUGGAGUGUCCUACAUCCCAAGCACACUAGUUCUCCUCAUUCUAAAGAAGAGACUGAAAUCUGAAAAGUCAAUAUUAAUGAAUGCCCCAAUAGAAAUGCAGGAUAAAGGACAAGAAGCAGUGAAAUAGCAUUUCACAGAAG